AUGAAAUUCACCACAGUUGGUUUAUUAUCCAUUCUCAUAGCAUCUACAACUUUUGCUGCUCCAGUUUCUCAAGCUGACGCUACAGCUGAUGCUGUUGCAGACGCCGAGGCGUGGAGAUGGCACAAGUGGUUUAGAAACCAAGCAAUUUACAAGAGAGAAGCAGAUGCUUCUGCGGUUGCCGAAGCUGAGGCGGAUGCUAAUGCAGAGGCUUGGAGAUGGCACAAGUGGUUCAGAAACCAAGCAAUUUACAAAAGAGAUGCGGAUGCGGAUUCGGAUGCAGAUGCAUGGAGAUGGCACAAGUGGUUCAGAAAUCAAGCUAUCUACAGGAGAGAAGAUGAACCAGAACAAGCAGAAGGCGACUUAGAAGAGGAAGAAUAUGAUGGCAAAGAACCAAUCGGAUUUGCUUACGCUUUUGCAGAUGAUGACAAAAACUCCGAACCCGUUGCUUUUUUUCCAAUGUUUGCUUCCGAUUUUGAAGAGCAACCAACUAAUGGUACCAACGUUGCAAAGAGGGAUGCCGAUGCUGAUGCGGAAGCAUGGAGAUGGCACAAGUGGUUUAGAAACCAAGCUAUCUACAAGAGAGAUGCGGAAGCAGAUGCAAAUCCAGAUGCAUGGAGAUGGCACAAGUGGUUCAGAAAUCAAGCGAUCUAUUAA